AAUAAGUGCAUUAACUGUUCUGUAUUUAGAACAAAAUUAAAUUAAAAAUAUAAUAUAAUAAACUAUUGGUAACUUAUUUUUUACAGUUAUCACAGAUAUAUGUUUUCCAAUUUUCAACACUACCACAUAACUCAUGUAACCAAUUUUCACAAGUUGUGCAUUUGAUCCAUUUUUCUCCAUUUGUAUUUGUUGUGUAUAACUCAUCACAAUAUAAGCACUGCACAUCAACAUCAUCUUUGGAACAUGUGGCACGUUUUUUCAAAGCUUUUUUAUUAUGGCAAACAGUUUUAUUUUCAAAAAGACUUCGUUUGACUGGUUUAAUACUUUGUGAAUUUUCUAGAUCAUUUUUAUAAGGGCUUUCUGUUAUUAUUGCAGUUUUUCCUCUUCUACUAUUACUAGACCUAAAACUUCUAGCAGGGAUUUUUGGAAUAGGUUGAAUCAUUUCUGGAGAUACAUUAAAAGCACUGGUAUUUAUAAUGGUAAUAUUAUCUUGUGACACAUUGAUAUUUACAGAGUCAUUCAAUGGAAUAUUAUUUGAUGUAGUAGCUUCAGGUGCAAUAUUAUAAUUAGGUGUUACCAUUUCAAUUUCAUGUGCAGCUACUACAAGUUCUGUUGGUUCUUGAAUUAGAUUUGUUGUUUCAGCGGCUGCAAAAUCUGCUUCAGUAAAUACUUCUGGGUCAUACGGAAAAAUACCAGUUUUUUUAAAACCAGAACAUGCAUUUCUAAUAUUAGCUGCUUUUAUAUAUGCUUCUCCAAAUAUUUUUGAUAUUUGGUGAAGUCCAACAACACGUCCAGGAUGGUUUACUAACCAAUAAUCUAAUUGUUGACUGUAAAAAGUACUUAAUGGCCCCAUAAAUGAUACAUCAAGUGGCUGCAAACGGUGAGUUGUAUGAGGGGGAAAACAAAGUAUAAUUACAUUGUUCUUGCGUGCCAAAUCAAUUAUAUCUAAAUUCUUAACAUGGGUCGCAUGUCCGUCUAAUAGUAGAAGCACUGGAUUUGAUUCUGUAGGAUUAGUUUGUUUAAUAAAAUGUUCUAGCCAUUGAACAAAAAUAUGUGACUGCAUCCAACCAGAUGGAUGGCACACAACCAAUGUAGCAGGUGGCGCUCCAUCAAUAAAAUCAGGGUUCAUUCUCACUCUUGGAAAUAUCAUAAGAGGAGGAAUAAAAUUACCUGAAGCUGACAUACAAAUAGUAACUGUGACAUUUUGACCUCGUUCUGAUGAUGAUAACUUUCCAACUUGUUUUCUACCUUUAUGAGCAAUGAUUUUUGCCCGUCUUUUUGCAACAUUUGAUAGGCCACUCUCAUCAACAUUAAAAAUUCUAUCAGCAGAAAAUUUAUAUUUAUCAUAGCAUUGUCUUAAUAAAUCAUAAAAUGCAGAACAACUGGCUGGUUGAAUCCCAUUGCUCUAGCAGCUGAAGUAGGCUCUGGAGCACGCACUGAUAGCUCAGAAUGCCUUUUUAAAAAACCUUUUAGCCAAUCUUUCCCUGAAUUAAAAUUAUUUAAUAAUUUAAUUUUUUACAUACUUGAUACAAUAUAUAUAUAUAUAAUUUUGCUAUCUUACCAGCCAUGCCAGUGUUCGUAUUAAAUGUAUGUUGUAUACUAGUGAUGGGCACUACCGAAUAGUUUACACUAUCGAAUAGUUCGGAAGACUAUUCGAAUAGCACUAUCGAAUAGUUCGAAUAAGUUUCAAUUUCAAAUAGUUUUAUUAUGGAGAUGGACUAUUCGAAUAUUUCAAUUCGUAAAUUAUUACUAGAGCAUAGAAUUAUAUGCAUUAAAAAAUAAAAACCAACCAAAUAUGCCCUUCAAUAUUUUAAAUAUGCGCUAAAACAGUAAAACGUUGAAAUAUGCAAAAAAUAAAAAAUAUCCAUAAAAAAAUAUGAUUUAUUAAAAAAAAACAUCCAAAUAUACAAUUAAAACCGUAAAAUAAAGCCUUCAAAAUACAAAAAAAAUGGAUAAAUAUUAAAUAUUUGCAAAAAUAUGCACUAAAAAAGUUUCAUUUUUAAAAUCGUUAUGCUAUGAAACAAUAUUUUAUGCUCACUUAGCAUAUCAUACAAUCAGCCAGAAUAAAUAUGCAAAUGCGUAUAAAUCCGCGCAUAGGUAUAUAGUAUAUACUAUAUACCUAACAAUAUGUGUAACCAUCCGGGUUUUUACUUUUUAGUUUUUAGCGACGAAUCCUUUAAAUUCUUGUAUAGUUAACUACUAACUAGUAAGUAGUAAAUAGUAAAUACUAAAAAUUAGUGAUGGGCACUAUCGAAUAGUCACUAUCGAACUAUUCUUUUGCCGUCCUAUUCUAGGUAAUUGCCUGUUGCUCUAUUGUAUUUUUCAAGACUUUAAACCUUCACAGUUUAGACUUUAGACCGUCGCCGACGGGUCGACGGCGGCAUCGCCUUUUUAUUUUUGAAGAUCAAGAACAUAAUAUUAUUAUCGUAGUAAUGUUAUUAUUAGGUAUGAUGUUUUUGUAUAUAAAAAGAGACGCAAAAGCUAAAAAUAAGUAAAAAUCAUAGACCUCUUUCUCACAAACCCAAACCGCAUUCAAUAUACCAACAUUUUUAGCGACAAUCUACAUACCUAUUGAAAUUUGUACCUUACGACUUCCUAACUUAUUAACUACGAUCAUUUAGAAUAUGUCUUUUAUACCAUAAAGAGUAUAGACACAGUACGUUCUUGGUUUCUUACUUUUUUAUUUAUUGUGUUUCUUAAUCGAAUUUUGUUUUGAAAAUUAGUAUUUUUGUGUUUUAUUAUUGACAAUGUAUAAAAAAAAUCGCUCUGGUGUUUGGAAUUAUAUGGAUAAAGAUCCUAAUUCUCCACGUCAAAUUCAAUGCAAAUUAUGUAAGCUUAAAAUAAAAUAUACAAACAAUACAUCAAAUAUUUGGGACCAUUUACGUCGGAAACAUAGUACGGCAUUGGAAGCUAACAAAUUAGCGACACAAAUUGAAGAGCUUGAUGACAUAAAUGUCUCCAACGAACCAUCAACGUCUACAGCAGUGACUCAUUCUCAUGAACAACAUACUGUACAGAUUAUUCCAGGACCACCUCCAAAAAGACAAAAACAAUUGACACUUAUGAAUAGGUUUAGCUUACCACCUGAAAGUAAAGUGGACCAAUUCUACAAAGCUGUUGUUCAAAUGAUUGCAGAAGAUAUGCAACCAUUAUCAAUUGUAGAAAACAGUGGAUUUCAAAAACUUAUUAAACCUACUUGAUUCACGUUAUAAGUUGCCUAGUCGCAAACUCAUUGGAACAACGCUUAUACCAAAUUUGUAUGAAUCAACUAGACAUAAGAUUGAAACUAUUUUGUCUCAAGCAAAAUAUGUAUCACUUACAUCAGAUGUUUGGACUUCAUUGAAUACAAUAUCAUUUAUAACUGUGACUGUGCAUUUUUUUGACAUUGAUUUAAAUUUAAAAACAUAUGUAUUAACCACCAGAAAACUAGAAUCUAAUCAUACAGCACAGUAUUUAUCUGAAGUACUUACAGAUGUAAUAAAAGAAUGGAAUAUAGAAGAUAAAAUUGUUGCAAUUGUAACAGACUCGGGUGCAAAUAUUAAGGCAGCAAUAAGAUUACUUGGACUUAAUCAUAUCCCAUGUGCUGCUCAUAAAUUAAACAAUGCUGUAAAAAAUGCAUUAAGAAGUGAUUUCGAUGAAAGUGACAUUGAAACCGACCACACUGAAGAUGUUGAAAUUAUGAAGCUGGUUAAAAUGUGUCGUUCUAUUGUUGGCCAUUUUAAGCACAGUGAGGUAUCAACCAGGGCUCUUCAUGAGAAACAAAAACAACUUAAUUCUCCAAUUCUUAAGUUAAAACAAGACAUGCCAAUUCGUUAGAAUAGUACACUAACAAUGAUGGAACGUUUGUUGAUAGUCAAAGAACCUUUGAUGCUGGUUUCAAUGAGCUUAUCAAGAUGUCCAAAAAUGCCAUCAAAUGACCAAUGGGAAAGUAUAAACGAUUUUGUUAUACUUUUAAAACCGUUUGAAAGCUUAACUAUACAAAUAUCCUCAGAACAGCGACCAACCUUAGCAAAAGUUAUUCCAUUAUUAAGAGGUUUAUUAUUAUCAGUUAAUAAUAAGAAUUCAGUGACGUAUACAGGCAAGUUUUUAAAGAAAAAAUUGAUUGAAGAAACAACAAAAAGAUUUAAUGAUAUUGAAGAAAUGUAUCCAUCACAUUUAUACUCUAAGGCUACUAUAUUAGAUCCUCGAUUUAAGAAAGCUGCAUUUAUAUCAAAUGAAAAUGCCAAUACAGCUGAACAAGAAGUUCAAAAAGAGAUAGCUGACUACAUUAAACCUAAUGCCCCUGAGAGAAAUAUACUUGAACAAAGUGUACAUCACACCACUUUGACAACUGCAGAACAACUAGAACACAGCAGUCAACCCGUUUCUUUACAAGAAAAUUUAUUGACAUAUUUAGAAGCAACAGUCACUACACUUCGGUCUCAGACAACAUAUUCCAGUACAGCAGCAACAUUAUUCAAACAGUACAUGAAUAUCGAAUUUUUAAACAUUCAAGAUGAUCCAAUAUUGUUUUGGAAAAAUAACAGACAAAUGUUAGGUGCAUUGUAUGAAGUAGCUUUGAAAUACUCUUGUAUACCUGCUACAUCUGUGCCAUCGGAGAGAGUAUUUUCUAAAGCUGGUCAAAUAGUCAGUGCCAGACGAAAUAGAUUAUUACCAGAUAAUGUGGAUAAACUUAUAUUUUUAAAUGCAAAUUUAGAAAGAUAAAUGAUUUUGAUUUCCAUUGUCUUAUCUUAUAUUUUUUUUACUAAAGGAUUUUAAAUGUUAAGUUUUUUAAACAAUUUAUGAUUUUGUUUUUUUUUGAAUUUUAAAGAUUUUGUUAUGUAGUGAGUUGUAAUAUUAUAAAUAAAUAAUGCAUUUUAAGAACUUGCUGUACACGUUUUAAAGUU